AGUUUAGUAUGAUUUGGUGUGAGCUUGCGUUAGGCACGUAAUGAUUUAGACUCUCCGCAACACGAUUUACGCCGAAAAUAGAAAAAGAAAGAAAGCACAAAGCGAAACGAAACAAAAAACAGUUAACCUUAGGCCUGCGCCAUUGAGUGAAGCGUGCGUUACACGAGUCUGAUGCAGGCGAAUAGCAUACACACAACAUCCACACAUCCGAUGGCUGCCGAUCCUGUGGAACGCAUUUCGUCCGUGCGUCUGCUGAGAAUUCCUCGCGCAGCGCCUAACAUCGAAGCGUAUGGAUUUCGUUUGACGCGCAGCAAAUGGGAUCCAUAUCCUUGGGUGUGUGAAGUGGCCGCUGGCACACCUGCCUCCCUGCGCGGUCUACAAGCCGGCGAUUGCAUUCUAAAGAUUAAUGAUAUAGAUAUUCUCGGUAUGCGCAUAGCUGACGUUGCUCAAAUAGUUAAGAGCCGCAAGGAUCAGGUAACAAUUCUAUGCUGGAAUAGCAACUGCCAACAAGACAGCGAGGAGAGCAGCAUCUGCUGCGUGCCCAUGCCCAUUGCCCUGAAGCGCCUCGUCAUCAUUGUGGAUAGCAUUCUGAGAGUUAUCGAGUGUCCCGUUUGCAGGUCUCUGAUAGCACCGCCCGUGCUUCAGUGUCAGAACGGACAUUUGCUCUGUCUCGAGUGCCGCAUUCGCACCGAGACGUGUCCCGUGUGUCGGGGGUAUUUCACACCGAUUCGCUCUUCCAUCGCCGAAGAGAUAUAUUCGAUAAUUGCAUCGACCUUUGAGCAGCUCCUGCCCCAGAGCAAGUUUCGUCAUCGAUUCUUCGCCCAUUUCACCUUGGUCAAGGAGAUCCACUGUGAACGUUGCUCGCAGGCUAACAGCCGUAAAAUAUCUUCCGGAUCCUUAAAGCAGCCGAAGUUCCUCAACAAAUUCUUUAAUACUCAAGCAGAAGCCCAUCAAGAGUCAAGUCUGAAUUCUAAGGAAUUGUAUCGACAGCUGAAGCUGGAUCAGGAGCAUAUUUCCAGCUGAAAACUUUAAAUUUGAAUUUAGAUUUUA